AUGGCUUGCUUGUCUUUAAACACCCUUGGCCUCCACAGAUUCCCACCAUGCUUACAAAUCCCUCAACCUCUUCAAUUCAUUGCAAAUCCAUUGCAGCGUCACAAGACUCACAAAAUCAAGACCUUCGCUUGCCAAACAAAUCCCAACCUUGAUGAGUCCUCAACAAGGGUCCAGCGUCAGGAAAAAUCCGUUGCUGAACCUAGCAGCAUCAGGGGAACGAGUCCUCCAAAAUUCCCAAGCAAAGACAUCAAGAAGAAAAUCGCCGUUGUUUCCAUUUUAGCAGCUCUGGGACUUUUCUUUUCUACAAGGUUGAACUUUGAUGUUUCUAUGAAGGAUCACUGUGUCCUUGCAUUACCGUUCGAAGAGGCUCUGUCCAGUGGUAAGCCCAUUGUAGUGGAGUUUUAUGCAGAUUGGUCUGAAGUAUGUGGGGAAUCAGCUCCUGAUGUGUACAAAGUAGAGCAGCAGUACAAGUGA